UUUUUUUUUCACAUAAUAGUAUCUUAUCUAUGUAUCUACAUAGAUACUGUUGUGCGACUCUACCUUAGAUUCUGGUGGCAGUUUGAAGAAAUCCUCCUGUAAUUCAUGGCGGCAACCCAAUCACAAACUCCGGAUCGUACCACUGAAUUUAUGUUUCGCGGUGGACUUUGAUCUGGGCUGCAGGGAGAUAGAUAGGUGUUUUAUGCUGAGAUCUGAUAUGUGGAUGUUGUGAGGUGUACUCAUGGAUUUGUGCACACAUAUUCAUAGCUUCAAGCUUUGCUAUCUGCAGUUUUAGCUUUGGUCGGUCAAUAAUUUGUACUGCCUGUGUUUCUAAGACUACUAAGUCUCUGAGCUUACUGAUCAUGGAUGCAGAAGAAAAACCUGUUGAACCUGAUACCAUGACGGAGCGGACUCUUUCUGCAAAAAAUGAGACAUCAGUUUCUCCCAAUUCCUCUAGGGAUGCUGCCAUUAUGGGUCCUCGAAGGGAGAACACAGGUCACUUGGGGCCUUUUGGUUUGCAUGGAGAUCACACCCUCUAUCCUUCUAAUGUUUAUGCCCCUCAGGCACAGGCAUUCUACUAUAGAGGUUACAAUAAUGCCAUUGGUGAAUGGGAUGAAUAUCCUCCAUAUGUCAAUGCUGAAGGAUUAGAAAUUGGAUCAUCUGGUGUCUACAAUGACAAUGGUUCCAUUGUAUUCCAUCCUGGAUUUGGCUAUGGUCCACAAAUGCCGUAUGGACCAUAUUCUCCAGUCACAACACCUUUGCCUUCUGUAGGUGGAGAUUCUCAGUUAUACUCUUCCCAGCAAUUUCCAUUUUCUGGCCCUUAUUACCAGCAAUUAGGUCCUCCUAGUACGCCAUAUAUUACUUCACCGACUCCAAUUUCACAACCAGAGCUCAGCAUACCAAGUGUUGACCAACAGGGUGAUCACAUGCUUUUUGGACCAAGGCCUAGUUAUCCUCCCAUUCUAGGAUCAUUUGGUGGAGGCAAUAUUUCUGGGAAUCUUGGUACUCUUGGUUUUCAUGAUUUACAACAGGGGUUUGAUGGAUUGAGGUCUGGAGGACUUUGGUCAGAUUGGUCAAAUUCCUCUGAUAGACAUAGGCCUCUAACUCCCUUAUCACCUGCAGUUUCUCCACAGCCAAUUGGCAGUUUUGGGUCAUAUGGGCAUAAUGUUGGAAUGGCAUCUCAACAACAAAGAUCAUUUUAUGGCAUUGUAUCCGGUUCAAACUCCUAUACUAGUGGCUACAUGCACAGUGGGUUAAGUCAGGGUUCUGGAUUUGGAAGUGCAUCAAUUUCUAGUUUGGCAACAAACAGCAAGGGUUGGCUUUCUCAUGAAAACAGCAGAAGUCUGGGGAGGGCCAGCAUUUCUGUAUGCAGCUGUAAUGGUAGUCUUGAUAUCCUUAGUGAGCAAAACCGAGGACCAAGGGCCUCUAAGCCUAAGAGUCAAAAUGCCGUGGAACAUACUUCUUCCAUUGAUAAUAGCAAACAUGGCAAAUCCACUGCAAACGUUCAUGAUGCAUUGUAUAACCGACCAGAUUUUGUCACUGAAUACAAUGAUGCUAAAUUCUUUAUCAUCAAAUCAUACAGUGAAGAUAAUGUCCACAAGAGCAUCAAAUAUGGUGUCUGGGCCAGCACACCAAAUGGGAACAGAAGAUUGGAUGCUGCUUAUAGUGAAGCUAAGGAAAAGCAAGUCCCUUGCCCAGUUUUCCUCUUCUUUUCGGUGAAUGCUAGUGCUCAGUUCUGUGGGGUGGCUGAAAUGGUUGGGCCUGUUGAUUUUGAUAAGAGUGUGGAUUACUGGCAGCAAGAUAAGUGGAGUGGGCAGUUCCCUGUGAAGUGGCAUAUUGCUAAAGAUGUCCCAAACAGUCAGUUCCGUCACAUUGUAUUGGAAAAUAAUGACAACAAACCUGUCACUAACAGUCGAGACACGCAGGAGGUGAAAUUGGAGCAGGGCAUUGAGAUGUUGAACAUUUUUAAGAACUAUGAAAAUGACAUGUCGAUCCUGGAUGAUUUUGACUUUUAUGAAGACAGACAGAAGGCCAUGCAAGAACGCAAGGCUAGACAGCAAUUGAGCCCGAUGGCUGCCGGUGUCGCUGGAGCAAAUGAGCACAGAAGUGCCAUUACCUUACCCAGUGAUUUUAUCAAGCAGAUGUCCAAGAGUUUUGCUCAAGUUGUCUCCUUGGAAGAGUCUAGUAAAGAAGGUCCUGUUACUGAUAAAGCCGGCUCUGUCUCUGAUAGCUCCACCAGAGUUAAGGCGGAAGAUGCAAUUGCAGGUGUUUCUUCUACCAAGACAGGUUAGGAAGACAUCUAUGCAUUGGGAUUAGUGGAAUGCAUCGGUGUAUCUGCAUAUGAAUGCAAGGUGGUAUGAGUUGUGAUGUGCUUCAUGUAUGAUAUGUGGGUUGAGAGUGUUACAUUUUACCUGUAGUAAUGAGUUUUCUUCUUUGUUUCAUUGUCGUUGUCAUUGUCUUUAGCUUUCGAGGGAGAGUAGCGAUUGUUAGCUACUGGCUGAGAUCUUGCGUUUGUAAAAGUAGCCCAACUUAAUAGCUCUCAGGUGGUUGAAUGAAAGAAUACAGCAAAAAGAUGCUAAAGCA